AUGCUCACCUACAAAGCACUCAAUGGACUGGGGCUCACAUACAUGUCUGACCUCCUGCCCCCCCCCCCCCCCCCCCCCCCAAUUUCCUGCACCCCUACACUCCUGCACCCCUACUAUCCUGCACCCCUACACUCCUGCACCCCUAAUCUCCUGCACCCCUACACUCCCACCCCCCCAAUUUCCUGCACCCCUACUCUCCUGCACCCUUACACUCCUGCACCCCUACUCUCCUGCACCCUUACACUCCUGCACCCCUACCUUCCUACUCUCCUGCACCCCUACUCUCCUGCACCCUUACACUCCUGCACCACUACCUUCCUACACCCCUACUCUCCUGCACCCCUACUCUCCUGCACCCCUACUCUCCUGCACCCUUACACUCCUGCACCCCUACUCUCCUGCACCCUUACACUCCUGCACCACUACCUUCCUACACCCCUACUCUCCUGCAUCCCUACCUUCCUACACCCCUACUCUCCUGCACCCUUACACUCCUGCACCCCUACUAUCCUGCACCCCUACACUCCUGCACCCCUACCUUCCUGCACCCGUACUCUCCUGCACCCCUACCUUCCUACACCCCUACUCUCCUGCACCCCUACUCUCCUGCACCCUUACACUCCUGCACCCCUACCUUCCUACACCCCUACUCUCCUGCACCCCUACUAUCCUUUAACCCUUACACUCCUGCACCCCUACCUUCCUGCACCCUUAUUCUCCUGCACCCCUACUCUCCUGCACCCCUACCUUCCUGCACCCCUACUCUCCUUUAACCCUUACACUCCUGCACCCCUACCUUCCUGCACCCCUACUCUCCUGCACCCCUACUCUCCUGCACCCUUACCUUCCUGCACCCCUACACUCCUGCACCCCUACCCCCCUGCACCCCUACCUUCCUGCACCCCUACACUCCUGCACCCCUACCUUCCUGCACCCCUACUCUCCUUUAACCCUUACACUCCUGCACCCCUACCUUCCUGCACCCCUACUCUCCUGCACCCCUACUCUCCUGCACCCUUACCUUCCUGCACUCCUACACUCCUGCACCCCUACCCCCCUGCACCCCUACCUUCCUGCACCCCUACUCUCCUGCACCCCUACUCUCCUGCACCCCUACACUCCUGCACCCCUACCUUCCUGCACCCCUUCUCUCCUGCACGCCGACUCUCCUGCACCCUUACACUCCUACACUCCUACCUUCCUGCACCCCUACACUCCUAA